UGCCGGGCGUGCCGCGUCAUAACUUCCAACACAACAGCCGCUUCCUGGCCGGCCCAGGCAGGCGCCUCAGGCCCCCGGACAGUGAACCGUUACCCGCACAUCACCACCAUCGUUCACCGUUAAAAAACAACAACACACACACACCGCUGUGUGGAGCCGCAGCCGCAGCCGGUAUGAGCGAAUGAAGACGGCCGAAAUCGAGGAGAAGUCCCGGGACUCUGAGAACUUGAGGCUGAGGCGUAGCGACCGUGGUGAUGGUGUUGGACUCAGGUGAAGUCUUCAUGGAUCAGGUCGAGGUUGAAAGUGUUGGGAGCAGCAGGGACCCGUUGGAGCCAGAUGUGCGAGCGCCCAGAACCGCCGCCACGUCCAGACCGCCGGCCAAACAGAGUAAUGUUGCAAAGAAGGAGAAGGUGUCCCACAAUGGACUUCCGGCCCAGACGAACAGCAGCCAGGUAGCACAGAGGAGGCCCUCAUCAUCAUCGGGGGCCACGCCAAGACCGCCGCUCCGCCGGCCCCUCAGCCUGGAGAUAAUGCCCCAGCGCCUGCGAUGGUCUCAGGAGCAGAUGGCGGACAGGCGGGUCGUGCAGCCGCCCUGGCGAAGCGGCACGGCCGCCCCGUCGCCUCCAGCUCGCAGCCUGACCAGCCCCAGCCUGGGUGCGGGCGGCUGGAUGCGCCGCAGCGAGAGCACCUGCUCGGUCAACUACUCCCCGGGGCUCCGGGUCGGCAGGGGCCAAAUGAGACCCGCCACGUCCCUGCCGCACAUAGCGAAGAGGGAGGUCGGCAGGAAGCCGGCCGUGCCUUCCAGGCCCUGUCUGCUCGUCGCCCUCAGGCCUCUGAACCUGGAGCAGGAGAAGCAGACUUUCUUCCAGUCCGACUACAAGUACGAGCCUCAGUUUGAGUACGCACAGCCGGAGCCCAGGAGUGUGUUGGAGAAGUACCAAGAGGGUUCAGGCCUCUUCCUCGAACAGGCGGUGGGAAUCAUGGAGUGCGUCCUGAAGAAGUUCGGCUCCUAUGAGAACUUCGAGGAGGUGACGGGCGGCAGCAUACUCCCUAAAUGUCAAGUGUGGGCCGCUGUGCGCAAAUAUUUGCAGAAAGAAGGCUGCGUGGGAGAGGUGGUGGUGCGUCUGUCCGACGAGCUGCUGUCUCAGGCGGUGAUGGUGGUGGAGAGCUGUCGGCCCACGCUGACCAUCAACCUGGCCGGAGCUCGACAGCACUGGCUGGAGGGGAUGCUGCGACAUGAGAUCGGUACACAUUACCUUCGAGGGGUGAACAACAACCUGCAGCCGUGGUCCACCGCCGAGGGCAGGAAGCAGUUCGGUCUCAAACCGGCCAAUCCCACGGAGGAGGGCCUGGCCAGCCUGCACAGCGUGUUGCUACGGAAGCAGCCCUACCUGUGGCGCGCCGCCCUGCUGUACUACACGGUGUACCACGCCACCAGCAUGAGCUUCAGCCGGCUCUUCGGCCACAUCGCUCGCUUCGUCCAGGACCCGGACGUCCGCUGGGAGUACUGCCUGAGAGCCAAGAGGGGACAGACGGACACCUCGCAGCAAGGGUGCUUCAGUAAAGACCAGGUUUAUCUGGACGGGAUUCUCCGAAUCCUCCGAUACCGAAGGACCAUCGACUUCAAGAUGUUGACUUCUUUAGGCAAGGUGUCUUUCGAAGACGUGGAGAUGUUGCGUCCUUUGGCGGUCCUCCCACGGACCAGAAUCCCGCACUUCAUGCGAGACCAGGAACGUUACCUGCAACACCUGCAUCACAUCGUCGCCGUCAACGACCUGGACGAUGCAGCGCUGCAACACCUGCUGCCCUAAAACCCCCCCAUCCCAUCCCUGCACCACCUGAAUCCAAGAAGAAGAAGAUGGAGGUACACAGACUGUUCAGGUGGUGCAUUUAAUAUCAUUUAAAAACAUCCAGUAUUAUCAAUGCUUUAUUUCUUUUUUGUAAAACUUGAAUAUGAACAAAAAGGGACAUACACACUAACACCUCUAUCUACAUUUUCACUUUUGUCCAAUGCAUGUCUCCUCCUCGCCUUUGCUACUAUGAAGUUACCUCAAUACUGCAACUCUACGAUGUAACCGACAUUAUAUAUGUAGACCCGUACAUAAUCACAGCAUCCAGCUCCUGUACAGGACACUGCUAACAAGUCGCGUACGGAUUUAAACAUGCUUUAUUUAUGCAAUUAUUGAAGUUUUGUUUUUACUUUGAGAGAACAAACUGAAUGUCUCUGGUAUUAGCUUUAUACAUUUUUAUUUUAUUUUAGACAACAUUGUUUUUAUGUCUUAGAUUGUUUGCAUUUUUAAGAAAAAGAACACCAAGGACACACGCAUUUCAAAAGCCCCGGGGAAGUUGUAACUGAGACCAUGAAUCUUUAAGAAAUCAAGUGCCAGUGAACUCAGUCAAGUAUUCAAGCGUUCCCUAGGGUGUCUUUUUAAAGUAUCAGUGUUAUUAAAAGACGAUAAUCCGCUGAGUUGUUACUGUCUUAAGUGUUCUUGGUGGUCUUUUCACAUCAAUAUGCUACUGUGAUGUGAUGUGACCCC